UUAGUGCUUUCCUUCUAAAAAGUUGAGGUUAAAGAUGUUGGUGUUAUCAUGAUCUUAGUUAUAUAUAAACGAACCACGUGCCUUGUCAGUGUUUAAAGUGAUUUAGUAUUUUUCUACUUUUGUCAAUCCUUUUGUAAAAACUAUUUACAAGAGUUCCACUUCCAAGCAAAUGAAAUGAUUGAUGAUAACUUAUAAACUAUUUUAGCAGGGCCUAAGUUUAGAAAAUGGCUACAGAAAAACCACGUAAGUUUAAAAAGCGCAGACAUUUUUCAUCCAUUCAAAAUUUGUCUUUUGGUGUCUUUACUGAUGAAGAAAUCAAGAAACUAAGUGUGGUCAAACUGAGUACACCCUUAACAUUUACUCAACUUGGUCACACACUACCUGGAGGAUUGUAUGAUCCAGCUUUGGGUCCAUCACAGCCUGGAAUACUAUGCACUACAUGUUCGAACAAUGUAUUUAAGUGUCCUGGCCAUAUGGGACAUAUAGAACUGCCAUUACCAGUAGUGAAUCCAUUAUUCCAUAACACAGUAAUUACGUUUAUGACUUCUUCAUGUCUCAGCUGCCACAAAAUUCUUCUGCCAGAAGCACGCAAACAUCUCCUUGUGGCCCAGCUCCAGUUACUUGAUAAAGGCUAUGUAACAGAUGCUUUGGAUAUUGAGCAAUUGUUUAUUCAGAUGUCAAAUGCUAAUGAAGGUUUGAGUGACGAAGGGUUUGGUGCUUUAGUCUCAUCACAACUUGACAAAGAAAUAGACACAAUUAUGAAAGAAAAGGUUAGAACAGUAGAUGAUUGGAAACAAGCCGAAAUUAUGAGAGCACGUUUUAUAAAUAGCAUCAAACAAUAUGUGUUCAAGGGGAAAUCGUGUCCAAAAUGUAAAGAACCAUAUAGGAGACUUAAAUCGUUGAGAAAUAGGUUAAUGAUGGAAGCAAAACUUGAGGUGGCAAGUAAAUUUAAAGACAAAUUGAAGAAGAAGGGCACAUCUGAAAUGACACCAGUUUUACGAGAAGGUGGCUGGGUGUAUAUUUUACCCUCUGAUUCAAAGAAUCAUUUGCGAGAGCUUUGGUUUAACGAGGGCUUCUUUAUGAAGGAGAUAGUGCCAGUUUUAAAAAGUAUUUCAGAGCCCCAUCCAACAGACUUAUUUUUUAUGACUGUUGUUCCAGUCACACCAAUUAAUACCAGACCAGUAAACUUCCGUGAUGGUACUGUUGUUGAACAUCCUCAGAAUCAUGUUUAUAAAUCAGUUUUGCAAGAUUGUCUUGUGAUUAGAAGUGUUAUUCAUCUGAUGAACAAAAAGGAAGAAACUGGACCUGAAGAUGACGUUUUAUCUAAUGAACGAAUCAGAGUAAUUAAUCAGUUGAAGGGGUCUAAUCUUUCUGAGAAACUUCAAUUGGCGUGGCAAGAUUUGCAGAAACAUUGUGAUGUGUUACUUGAUAAAAAUAUGGGAUUUGGUGGUUCAACUCCCACAGAGGGACAAGGCCUUAAACAAUUACUUGAAAGGAAAGAAGGAAUCAUACGGAUGCACAUGAUGGGCAAACGUGUAAAUUUUGCUGCCAGGUCUGUAAUAACUCCUGAUCCAAAUCUAAAUAUUGAUGAAAUAGGAAUCCCUGAAAUGUUUGCUAUGAAAUUGACAUACCCUGUUCCUGUCACACCAUGGAAUGUCAAAGAACUGCGUAAAAUGGUAAUGAAUGGACCGGACGUUCAUCCGGGUGCAGUUUUGAUUGAGAAUGAAGAUGGUUUUAUAACUAGGAUCCCAUCUGGUGAUAACAGUGUUAAUAGAGAAGGCAUUGCUAAGACUCUACUUACCCCUGAUGAAGCUGGCACUUCUAAAGGUGUUAAGAUCAUACACCGUCAUCUGCUCAAUGGUGAUAUAUUACUCCUUAACAGACAACCAACAUUGCACAGGCCGAGUAUAAUGGGACAUAGAGCCAGAAUAUUAAAAGGGGAUAAAACUCUGCGACUGCACUAUGCAAAUUGUAAAGCUUAUAAUGCAGAUUUUGAUGGGGAUGAAAUGAAUGCCCAUUUUCCACAGAGCGAAUUGGGAAGGAGUGAAGCCUAUAAUUUAGUAAGUGUUUGUAAACAGUACUUGGUUCCUAAAGAUGGCACACCUUUAAGUGGACUCAUACAAGAUCAUGUAAUAUCUGGAGUGCGACUGACAAUUCGGGGCUCUUUUUUCACUCGAGAAGAAUACAUGAAUUUAGUGUUCAAAGCGCUGUCAUCCAUUCAAGGUGACAUUGUAACAGUGCCUCCUGCUCUUCUAAAGCCUCAAAGACUAUGGUCAGGUAAACAGAUUAUUUCCACCAUAAUCAUCAAUCUGAUUCCUAAAGGAAAGAUGCCACUGAAUCUUACAUCCUCUGCUAAAAUUGGUUACAAAGCAUGGGAGAAAGGUCCUUCAAGGCCUUGGGUAGCAGGUGGAACACCAUUUUCAGAUCCCAAGACGAUGUCUGAAGCUGAAGUAAUCAUUAGAGGAGGAGAACUUCUGUGUGGUGUUCUUGACAAAACUCACUAUGGUGCCACACCGUACAGUUUGGUCCAUUGUAUGUAUGAACUAUAUGGAGGACAAGUGUCUAGUCAUCUUUUGAGUUCAUUUGCUAAACUGUUCACAGCAUUUCUGCAGAUAGAAGGCUUUACGCUCGGUGUGGAAGAUAUUCUAGUAGUGAAGAAAGCAGACAAAGAGAGACUAAAACACAUCAAAGCAUUGAAAAAGGUGGGAAGUGAAGUAGCUGCCAAAGCGUUAGAUCUACCCGAAGACACAGCUGUUGAAGAAUUGAAGGAGAAGAUUGGAUUUGCAUACAGAAAAGACCCGAAAUUCCGCGGAUUAUUAGAUCAUCAAUACAAGAAAUGUCUGGAUACGUACACCAACAACAUCAACAAAGCUUGUCUUCCAUCAGGGUUGCUACAGCUUUUUCCAGACAACAAUUUGCAGCUCAUGGUUCAGUCAGGGGCCAAGGGUUCCACUGUAAAUACUAUGCAAAUCUCAUGCCUCUUGGGGCAAAUUGAAUUGGAAGGAAAACGUCCUCCCAUUAUGCUCUCUGGAAGAUCUUUGCCUAGUUUUCCUCCUUAUGAGUUGUCUCCUAGGGCCGGUGGUUUUAUCGACGGACGAUUUAUGACUGGGAUUCAACCUCAGGAAUUCUUUUUCCAUUGUAUGGCAGGACGUGAGGGCCUAAUUGAUACAGCAGUAAAGACAAGUCGUAGUGGAUAUCUCCAGCGGUGCUUGGUCAAACAUCUUGAAGGUUUGACAGUCAAUUAUGACUUGACUGUACGUGACAGUGACAACUCCAUCGUUCAGUUCCGCUACGGAGAAGACGCCAUGGAAGUGAUGAAGUCACAGUUUCUCAAUAAAGAGCAGAUAUCGUUUUUAGCUGAUAACGUCCAGAAUGUUCUAGAUAAAAAAAUUGUUGAUCAACUGAAAAAUCAUGGAAACAACUCUGUUAUUGAAAAACAUAACAAGAAGAUGAAAACAUGGAAGAAGAAACAUCAAGCAGAUCCAAAACUGAGGAGUGGUUUUACUUUGUUUUCUCAGGAAAUUAGUCCCCAACAAUCAGAUAAAAGUCACAAGAAAGUAAGCAAAAGAUCUGGCCGAAGUAAAGCAGCGUCAAAAAUCUGUAAAAUGUGGCAUGAAUUGGAUGAAGAAUCAAAAAUGAGGUAUGAAAAGAAGGCCAUGAAGUGUCCGGACCCAAUAGCUUCUCAGCUUCAACCUGAUGUUCAUUUCCAUGCAAUCACAGAAAAACUGGAAACAAUCAUGAAUGACUACUUAAACAAAAACAACAUAAGUGGACAGCUGAAGGAUGACAUAAAGGACAUGAUCAGUUUGAAGUCCAGUUUGUCAGUUUGUCCACCAGGAGAGCCAGUGGGCAUGUUGGCAGCUCAGUCGGUCGGAGAGCCCUCCACUCAGAUGACACUCAACACGUUCCACUUUGCGGGAAGAGGAGAAAUGAACGUCACUUUAGGAAUCCCUCGACUGCGAGAAAUACUAAUGGUAGCUUCCAAGAAUAUUAAAACACCAAGCAUGGAGGUCCCCUUUCAUCAGAACCUGCACAGGCUAGAAAGCAAGGCGGAAAAACUACGGAAGUCCAUGACAAGAGUUACUCUCGCCGAUGUGUUGGAGUAUGUUGAAGUGAGGGAGCACCUAGACUACGAGGGUGUGUUUCGCAACUAUACCUACAGAGUGCACUUCCAGUUCUUACCUCGGGCUGCAUACAAACACGAUACGGACAUCAGGCCCAAACAUGUCCUUAGGCACGUGGAGCAAAAGUUUAUCAGGGAGGUGGUGUCCAAUGUGUACAAACGCAGCCGCAUGAAGAAGGAGGUAGUUACUUCAGAGGCUGAGAAGGAAACAGUCGGUCGAACACGCAAGGGAAGAGGCGAGGACUAUGAGGACGAAGAUAUUGACAAUAAGGAGCCUGAACUCGCAGGAACGGCUGCGGGUGGGGACGAGAGUUCAGACAAUGAGUCCGUGGCUGAUGACGAAGACGCCACAGCUGAGAGACGGAGGAUGCGGCAGCAGGAGGAGCAGGAGUACCAGGAUCCUGAGGAUGGGGAGGAGGGAGGCGAGUCAGAGGAGGAGGGGGAGAGAGACGGGGAGGGAGAGAAUCAGGUGGUGGGAGAGGACGAGACAGAGGACAGGACUAGAGAGGUGUUACAGUCCAGCGACAGUAUUCACAACUACAGGUUUGACACAGAGGGUGAGCUGUGGUGUGAGGUGACACUUUGUCUCCCAGUCAAGCUUGGCCGAGUUGACUUGUCCAACCUGCUGCGGGAAUUGGCUGCCAAAUCUACAGUGGCUCAGGUGGCAGGUAUCCGACGGGCGUUCGUCUACACAGCAAACGACCGACUUAUGUUCAAGACUGAUGGAAUCAACAUGCCAGAAGUGUUCAAACACCACGACCUCCUCAACAUCAACCAGCUCUACACCAAUGACAUUCACGCAAUGGCACAUACGUACGGCAUAGAGGCGGCAAACAAAGUUGUUGUUAGGGAAAUCCAGGAUGUGUUUAAGGUGUAUGGUAUCACUGUGGACCCCAGGCAUCUGCUGCUGAUUGCCGAUUACAUGACGUAUGACGGCAGCUUCCAGCCACUCAACCGCACAGGCAUCGAGGGAAGCAACUCACCACUGCAGCAGAUGUCGUUUGAGUCCUCACUCAAGUUCCUGAAGAGUUCGGUGAUAGGUACCCGUCGGGACAAGCUAGAUUCACCGAGCGCUAGGAUCAUGCUUGGACAGCCCAUGAAGUGUGGAACCUCAGCAUUUGGUCUGGUUCAUCAACUAAACCCUCAAGUGUCAUCUACUUGAUGAAUCCUAAUCUUGGGAAUGAAACCUAAAUAUUUGUAAUGGGUUUUUGGUGGACAGACUGUAUAUAGAAAGUUAGGUUUUAAUUAAAGAUUC